GUCCGCUGGGUGGUUCGCGAGCGGUCAAUUCUCCUCUUUAGCCCUUUCGCUCAAAGCCUUUGGCCAGCUCACGGAAAUCGCCCCUGUGCGCGCCAACAACCCAUGCCAAGUUUUCCAGAAAACGAAUUCUUAUCGCCAAAGUAAAUCCCUUGGACGCGCCACAAUUCCCCACGGUCAACAAACGAAGCGGUGCGCGCACACAGAGUACAUGACGUCUGUUGACACUCGAAACCAAUCGCCGAUUCUCGCAGGACCGUUUACCAAAACUCGACAUAGUAUAACAUAUUUACAACUGGUGAAGGGAGAUUCGGAAUAUUCAGCUUGUGAUACACCAAAAGGCGGCGCUCGUUGCGGCGUUCGCGACUUGUGUUCCCCCCCUUGACUCUCGAGUCUCAACGCUCCGGACGAAGAGUGGACCACGGACCCCAGGUGCAUGGGGUAUAGGGCAAAAUGGCGCCAGGAGGAGGUGGAAAUAUCAAGGUGGUGGUGAGAGUACGGCCGUUCAAUAGUCGAGAACUCGACCGGGGUGCAAAAUGUAUCGUGCAAAUGAAAGACAGCCAGACUAUCCUCACCCCACCGCCAGGAUCCGAAGAGAAAACAAAAGGGCGCGGCGGAGGCAAGGGUUCGGUGGAAGGACCGAAAUCUUUCGCCUUUGAUCGCUCGUACUGGUCUUUUGACAAGAACGCUCCCAACUAUGCAAGCCAGGACAACCUUUUCAUCGACCUGGGUGUGCCGCUUCUGGACAAUGCUUUCCAAGGUUACAACAACUGUAUCUUCGCCUAUGGCCAGACUGGUUCCGGAAAGUCGUAUUCGAUGAUGGGAUAUGGCAAGGAGUACGGUGUGAUCCCGCGAAUCUGUCAGGAUAUGUUUGAACGCAUCAAGUCGAUACAGCAGGACAAGAACCUUAGUUGCACGGUGGAAGUGUCAUAUCUUGAAAUCUACAAUGAGCGGGUUCGCGAUCUGCUCAACCCCUCCAACAAAGGAAACCUCAAAGUCCGUGAGCACCCGUCGACAGGUCCGUAUGUUGAGGAUCUUGCCAAGCUCGUCGUCCGCUCGUUUGACGAGAUUGAAAACCUGAUGGAUGAGGGUAAUAAGGCUCGAACGGUCGCCGCGACGAACAUGAACGAAACGUCUAGUCGAUCACAUGCCGUCUUUACGUUGAUGCUCACUCAGAAACGACAUGAUGCCGAGACGUCGAUGGAUACGGAAAAGGUAUCGCGUAUCAGUUUAGUCGAUCUUGCAGGCUCGGAACGAGCGAAUUCGACUGGUGCCACUGGCGCCAGGCUAAAGGAAGGAGCUGAAAUCAACAGAUCGCUUUCGACCCUUGGACGUGUGAUUGCGGCUCUCGCAGAUUUGGCCUCUGGCAAGAAGAAGAAUGCGUCCAUGGUACCAUAUCGUGACUCAGUUUUGACAUGGUUGCUGAAAGAUUCUCUCGGAGGUAACUCCAUGACGGCAAUGAUUGCUGCCAUCUCGCCGGCCGAUAUCAACUUUGACGAGACGCUGAGUACGCUUCGCUAUGCCGACUCCGCAAAGCGAAUCAAGAACCACGCCGUUGUUAACGAGGACCCCAACGCGCGAAUGAUCAGAGAACUCAAGGAAGAGUUGGCACAGCUUCGAUCAAAGCUCGGUGGUGGUGGGCUAACAGCAGGGGAACAAGGCGGUCUAAUAGCAGAGGAACAAUAUCCUCCGGAUACCCCCUUGGAAAAGCAGAUGGUCUCUAUCCAGCAGGCGGAUGGUACCGUCACCAAAGUGAGCAAAGCUGAGAUCGUGGAGCAGCUGAAUCAGAGCGAGAAGCUCUACAAAGAUCUGAACCAAACAUGGGAGGAGAAAUUAGUGAGGACAGAGGAAAUCCACAAAGAACGUGAAGCCGCUCUAGAAGAACUCGGAAUUAGCAUCGAAAAAGGUUUCGUCGGUCUCAGCACGCCGAAAAAGAUGCCGCAUUUGGUCAACCUGAGCGAUGACCCGCUACUCGCCGAGUGCCUAGUGUACAACAUCAAACCCGGAAUCACGCAAGUCGGCAAUAUGGACCAGGGAAGCCAUGUGGAAAUCAGGUUGAACGGCUCCAAGAUUCUGGCCGACCACUGUAAAUUCGAGCACGUUGAUAACGUGGUUACAGUUCUACCUAGCGAAGGUGCUGCGGUCAUGGUCAACGGGUUGCGUAUUGAUAAGCCCAAACGGCUGAAAAGUGGAUUUCGCAUUAUCCUGGGCGACUUUCACAUCUUCCGAUUCAACCACCCUCAAGAGGCACGGGCUGAGCGUGUAGAACAGAGUCUACUCCGCCAUUCUGUCACAGCAAGCCAGCUCGGCUCGCCCGCUCCGAAUAAGACACAUGAGCGAAACUUGAGCAAGGCUGGCUCGGAUUUGGACUGGGAUUCGAGUAGAGCUGAUUCACCAAUGCCGUCACAGCGUGGAAGAGAGUCGGACUGGUUCCUUGCCCGACGUGAAGCUGUGAGCGCAGUCCUAGGCCCCGAUCACAUCAAUCAUAUGCCGGACGAUGAACUUGAUGCCCUGUUUGAGGAUGUGCAGAAAGUCAGAGCCACCCGCCGCGGAUUGACGGAGAAUGAAGAAGAUUCAGACUCUCUCAGCUCUUACCCAGUUCGCGACAAAUACAUGUCCAAUGGUACUAUCGACAACUUUUCGCUAGAUACCGCCAUUACGAUGCCCGGAACUCCUCACAGCGACAGCCAAAACGGUUAUUCCACGCUUCAGUCGGUACGUAAGGAUAUGCAACGACAGCUAGACCGACAAAAGGAGGACUACCAGGAUCAGUUGAGGGACGCAGAAGCUUCUCCGACACAAGGAGGUCUACCAGGAUCAGUUGAGGGCCGCAUGGAGGAGGCUCUCCGCGCGGCACGAGACGAAUACGAAGAGCAACUCCGAAAACAAAAAGAGACGUUCGAGUCGCAUAUGAAAGAACUAGGCCAGCCGAUCCCGAGGAUAUAUGAGAAUGGCUUUCCAAAAUUGGAUCCGAAGGAGCUGGAGAUUGCCCGAUCAGUUUUCCGACACUGGUCCCAGCAAAACUACGUCCGCAUGGCCGAAAAGGUCCUCCAGCACGCUUCGCUGGUAAAGGAGGCUCAAGUUAUGAGCCAUAUUAUGGAUAAGAAUGUUGUCUUUCAGUUUGCAGUUGUCGACCAUGGACAUAACAUGGCCUCGUCCUACGAUCUUGUACUCAAUGGCAUCUCUGGUGAUGAAGAUAUCAUUCUCGAUGAUGCUAAGAAGCCAUGCGUUGCUGUCCGCGUCAUUGACUUCAAGCAAUGUGUCAUCCACCUCUGGUCGAUUGAAAAGCUCCAGCGCCGCGUGCAGGUUAUGCGUCAAUUGCACCAAUACAUUGACCGACCGGAUUACAUCCAACACUUUAAACUCGAGAAUCCUUUCUCUGAGCCGUGCUCGCCUCAAUACUCACUAGUAGGCGAUGCGGACAUUCCUCUCACAGCGGUAUUCGAGACCCGGGUUCAAGACUUUUCCGUAGAGGUUCUCUCACCAUAUACGCAGAAUGUGGUUGGGAUCAUCCGUUUAUCCCUUGAGCCAUCGUCCGCACAGGCGCCAUCGUCAACCCUCAAAUUCAACGUUGUCAUGCGUGACAUGGUUGGGUUCGCCGAGUGGGAAGGCACCGAUGUGCACGCUCAGCUCUUCGUUCCAGGCAUCUCUGAAGAGGGCGGCGCUACAACCACGCAGAUGAUCAGCGGCUUUGAUGAGACGCCGGUUCGUUUCGAAAGUGUCCACAGCAUGAGCCUACCCCUCUCAAGCCCUCGAACUGCAGCCCUGAAAAUAUGCGUCUAUGCUCGUGUAACUCAGAUGCAUCUCGAUAAGCUUCUGAGCUGGGACGACAUGCAGGACUCGGCGGACGGACCUCGGGAUCAGAAAACGGCACGGAUAGCAGAAACAGAAUAUUUUUCAGAGGAGCGACAUGACGUUUUCGCUCGUGUUCAGGUGCUGGAAAUGGCGGAGACGGGGGAGUACCUGCCUGUGGAAGUCGUACAGAGCAAUGCUCUCGACGCGGGCACAUACCAGCUCCACCAGGGACUUCAGCGCCGGAUUUCCGUAAAUCUUACCUACAGUUCGACGGAAACUCUACCCUGGGAUGACCUCGCCAAUGUCCGAGUGGGCAGCGUACGGUUGCUGGACCCCUGGGGCAAGAUACCAGACCAAGACCUCCAGACUCCAGACGUUCCGGUCAAGUUCGUACAGGAACCCAUGGUCAAAGACAAUGCCGAUGGAACUUCCAAUGUCACACUUGUAGGCCAAUGGGACUCGAGUCUACAUGGGUCCCUCCUUCUCGACCGAGUGACUGCAGACAAGUACCGCGUGCAGGUUACGGUUCGAUGGGACCUUCAUUCUGCCCGUUUACAAGACCCGGUUUCAUUCGAGAUGGACCUAACGCUGCAGGUUCAAGGGCGGACGUACGUACGUCCCCAGUCGAUGUUCAAAAACUUUUUCAGUACGACACGCAUUGUGCAUUCGACGGUCCGCAUGUACUCUGUUGCAGUGCGCCCUGUUUCCGCCAAACGUGCAGCCGACCUCUGGCGCAUGAACACCCAAAAUGACUAUGUCAAGGGCGAGGAGCUUCUCACCAAGUGGUCUCCGAGAAAAGUGUCGCUCGUGCGUGAUUAUGUCGCCUCUCGCAGGCGCCGCAGGCGCAUAGCCGAAUUGCACGCGGCAAAAGGAGCACUCGGUGCUCAUAGCCUUACUAUUGCUUCGCCGCCGCGAAGUGGGAGAUCGACCCCCUAUCGCGGCCAAGAGUCUGAUCGCAAGACGAAGCUGCUUCAGAAAUACGUCAAGCUGUGGACUGCGAGGAUUGAUCCCAUCGAUGCGAUCCUUAUCCGCGGGAACACUGAGCCUCCGGCGAGUGGCGCGGCGUUUGCUUCUCGUGGCAAGUCGCCGUUAGAGGACGAGACCAACGGUGGACCCGAUCAGCAGCUGUCCCUUAAACCGCGCUUUUACGCUACCGUUCAGACCCUUCCAAAGAAUCCCUCGUCGUCCAAAUCUGGAUACCUGCUAGCGCCUGACGACACCUAUACUCACUGGGUACGGCGGUUCGUGGAGCUUCGCCUGCCGUAUUUGCACGUUUAUUCCGUGCCGGAUGGCGAUGAGAUCAAUGCCAUCAACCUGCGCAACGCCCGAGUGGACCACGCGCCGGAUUUUGCCCGACUCUUGGAAGGGCCAGGCGGUGAUAAUACGUCGACAAGAGGCAAACCUAACGUUUUCGCCGUGUAUGGACCUCAAAACACUUUCCUCUUCGCAGCACGAACAGAAGCCCAGAAAGUCGAAUGGAUCUUGAAGAUCGACGACAGCUAUUUCAGCAACAACGCCCCUCGAUCGACGAAUGGCUCUGGUCGAUAACCCGCUGCACUCCCGACCUAGUAUUUACAACUAAUCGACGACAAAGAUCUACCCUUAUGACAUGAUCUAUCGGAUCUCUGCGAGAUGUCUGGCCCCUUCCCUGCUUUGUAUAGAAAAAAAAAACCCCCCACUAAUCUGCCUGGCAUGGCCACUCCUUCGUUAUUGCGAUGUCUCCCUUCCUACACCCAGUUUGCUGUUGGCUUUGAGAUACCCCUGCCCUACUUAUAUAGCACUUGAAAUCCCUGUACAUACCCCGAACCUGAAACAUAGAUUGGUGAAUGGUGUUGCGAGGCCGGGGCACUGUCCGCGGGCGGCAGUGUUCUAUUGGAUUUAGAUCAGUCUGCGCUUAAUGAAUGGCUGAGAAAAUGUGCCUGGUUUUCACUUUUCAUAUCCUCUGGGUUGUCUUAUUCAAGAGUGAUUAUGUAUAUACACUUGAGUUGUUAACCUAGUAAUAAUUUUUGCGUCUCCAAUACUGUAUGCCCCAAGUAUCCAAAGGUGAAGUAGGAGAAUAUACAUCUAGGGAAGUCGACAUCUACUCUCCAAU